GUUUAGGAAAUCGAUCUAGUUUGAAACGCGUGUUAGAGAUUCUACACUGUUCCUCAGUUUAAAUUUGUGGCCUGGUUAUAUUCAUUAUAAGUUUAAUUGUAAACCAUCUGAGGUGGCAUUUGCAGCCGUAUAGCCCGGGAACACAACGAAUGCUUAUCCCGAUCGACUAGGAUCUUUAAUCCUAAUUCCGUAUUUACCGUUUGUUGGCCAUUGCUCCCGAAAACUAAAAUCAUCGAUAUCUCAGAAUGCUCCUUUCAAUAGUGGGUAUGACGAUCAUUCUGGGAACCGUUCGUUGUCACGGUUCCUCGAACGAUUCUCAAGCCGUUGCCACCAGUAUCGUCAACAACAAUGGGAUGGGAUACGAGCUCGUUCAAGCUGGAUUGGAUGCAAUCAAUUUUAAAAUUCAGCAAGAGUUUAUGCGUUCCAUGGAGUAUCAGCAGAGGCUGGAAGCAGAGAUUGAGGAUCUACGUAGAACCGUUUUGCGAUCAGAAUCUUCUGUUACAAGAGAUGUUGCCAUGCUGCUCAACGACACAAGAAAUAUUAGAAGAAAGCAGAACAUUCAACCGACUACGCAAAUUUUGAAAGAUUUCGUUCUUCAACUUUUGACUGAACGUCCACCGGGGAUAAAUCAUACCAGCUCUAUGGAACUGUUGGAGAGUGAAGAAUUUCCCAAGACCUGUUCUGACGUCGGCGUAAAAUCAGGCGGGGUGUACCGUAUCAAACCGCAAUCGAAGCCAUUUGAUGUUUAUUGUGAAACGGAAGGCUGGACGGUGAUUCAACGACGAUUCAAUGGAUCCGUGGAUUUCUAUCGUGGCUGGAAGGACUACGAGAAUGGAUUCGGCGAUUUUAAUGGCGAAAUGUGGCUUGGGUUGAGCAAAAUUUACCAACUUGUCAGCUUGAAGCCUCACGAGCUGCACAUUAGGCUGAUGGAUUUCGAUGGGAAGACCGUUGUGGCUCAUUACGAUAAUUUCCAGGUGGCCGGUCCCGGAGACAAAUACCGACUGAUAAAUCUCGGUAAAUACAAAGGCGAUGCAGGGGACUCACUGGUUUUCAGUAAUAAUAUGACUUUCACCACGUUGGACCAAGAUAACGAUGAAUGGGACCGAAACUGUGCAGUCGAAUAUCAUGGCGGUUGGUGGUUCAAAAAUUGUCACCAUGGGAAUCUUAACGGAGAGUACCUUUUGAAGGGAGAUGGCUGGAAAGGAGUUUAUUGGAACACAUUCCGAGGGUUGAACUAUUCUUUGAAAGAGUCGCGGAUUAUGAUACGUGCUAGAAAUCUAUGAAUGGUUUUUGAUUCUUCAAUAUUAUUAUUAAGUUUAUUAGAGACACUUUACCACUCCUGGGAUAUUUGUGUCUUUUAAAAUUGGUUUACAAAGAUGUACUAACAAACUAAAUAAGUUCGAACAAUUUUGCCUCUUUUACAAAUUUAUCAGAUUUUGUUUUCUUUCUCCGUAUCGUUGAUCAAAACUUCGUAAAUAGUUCAUGUUAUGUUGAACUUUUUCCGAAUUUCCUGGUAACCUUUACAGUUGAUGAGAAUAUGUUGAACAUUUGAAGAGACACCACAAUAAGAGCAUGUUGGCGGGGUCAAGGGAAAACGCGUGUUAAUCGGUGAAAUCGUUUAU